AUGACUUCGCUAAUUAUUAAGACUUUACUUUAUUUAAGCGUUUCAACCGCAUUACCUGCUGGGGGUAGAAUAUGGAAUCAAUCGUCCGGCUGCGUUGGUGCUAUUCCCGAUGUAUCAUUCUAUUUCAAUGCUGGUAAUAUAAUCGCUAAUGUUGUAAUUGUUGAAGGCAGCAAUGAUGGUCGCGUUGAUCAGGCGUCUGCUAUCGAUGAAACUUUAAAGGAUUUAACAGCGAGUCCCUUCCAUAAGCAAUACGGUAGAGAAGAGAAACAAUUACGCCAUUAUCCUGUAGGUCCAUCAACCUGUCGCAUCAAACGCCCUUUGUGCCGCCAAAGUGCUAAUGCUGCUAUAAUGUGGGCAGCUGGUGUCAAGCAUGCAGCUCGUUGCCUAUCGCUGUUAUCAUGUUUAUUUCCAAUAUUUGGGAUUUUCUGUGCAUGUACUUCGUGAGUGGACUGUUUGAAUUGCAAUCUAUGCGUUAGCUAAUUAGGA